UUUUUGGUUUCCAGGGCGCCAAUUUGGAAUUUCAAAUUCAAGCCGACGACACACACAACACACACACGCACACACACAGAGAACCAGAUCAAAAUGGGACACCUGACGCGACGCAGCAGCCUGCUGGCCAUAGUACUAUGCCUGGUACUCAACACAAAGCACCUUUCCGUGCACGGCGACGCCUCCCACAUUGAGUCCGCUGCCUUGCCUCUGGAACACAGGGCCGGUUAUGGUCCGCCAGCACCUAUCUAUGGAGCGCCCCAGGGUCCGCUGAGCACCGGGGCCACCAAUGAGCUGUCGGAGGAGGCCUGGCCCCUGGCCAGCACCAAUGACAGUCCUCAAAUCAAGCACCUUCAGGUGCAAUGCGAGAAGACGCACAUGCGGGUGAACAUCGAGUUCGACCGGCCCUUCUACGGCAUGAUCUUCUCCAAGGGCUUCUACAGCGAUCCCCACUGUGUCCAUUUGAAGCCGGGCACCGGUCACCUGAGCGCCACCUUUGAGAUCUUCCUGAAUAGCUGUGGCAUGACCAGCUCGGCCAACCACAAUGCGGCCGGAUACGGAGCGCCAACGCCGUCGGGCAGCUAUGUGGAGAACACGAUCAUCAUCCAGUACGAUCCCUAUGUCCAGGAGGUGUGGGAUCAGGCCCGCAAGCUGCGUUGCACCUGGUACGACUUCUACGAGAAGGCUGUGACCUUCAGGCCCUUCCAGGUGGACAUGCUGCAUGCCGUUACGGCUAACUUCCUGGGUGACAAUCUCCAGUGCUGGAUGCAGAUUCAAGUGGGCAAGGGACCCUGGGCCUCUGAGGUUUCUGGCAUCGUGAAGAUCGGACAGACAAUGACCAUGGUGUUGGCAAUUAAGGACGACGAGAACAAGUUCGAUAUGCUGGUGCGCAACUGUGUGGCCCAUGACGGCAAGCGUGCUCCCAUCCAGCUGGUGGAUCAGAAUGGCUGCGUUGUCCGUCCCAAGAUUAUGAGCAAGUUCCAGAAGAUCAAAAACUUUGGCCCGUCCGCCUCAGUGGUCAGCUUUGCCUACUUCCAGGCCUUCAAAUUCCCCGACUCGAUGAACGUCCACUUCCAGUGCGUGAUCCAGGUCUGUCGCUACAACUGCCCCGAGCCCAAGUGCGGUCCCGGUCUGCCGGGCGGCGAAUAUGGUCUGCCCCAGAUUGGAGCCAACGGUCUGUCCGAGGAGUAUGGACCUCCAGAGGCUUACGAAAGGAACGAUUUUGCCCUGGGCGGUCCAGGAGUCCUGCCACCGGCUGCCUAUCCUGAUCCACGUCACCCUGCUUCGGAUGCCACUGGCGCUUACUCGGAGAACCAGCCUGAUGUGGUGCCCUCGCCCCAGGCCCAGACCUCGGCUGCGGUGCCCACUGCGGACUCAGCCUCACCUUCCGGACCCGCCAGCUCCCAGUCACCGCAGGGAGCGCAGCCAACGGGUAGCAACGAGUUGGGUCUGCCGCCACCACCACUGCCCGGACAGGGCGGUCAGUACAGUACUGUGAAGCGCAAGGAUGACCUGAGUGCUGGAGGUAACCUGGUCUCGCUGGGCGGACGCCCAAGGUCUGUGGAGGGACUGGAUGAUCUGCGGGGAGUGCGAAGGCGCCGCGACACCAUUGACAUCGUGAUGAAGCCACAGAGGAUCUACAAGCGCAACGCGCAGGAAAUGACGGACGUGAACACCAGCCGGAUCAUCCAGGUGGUGGCGCCCGGCGACGUGAACUUUGCGUUGAAUAGCAAUGCCAGCAAUGAGACGGUGGUGAUCCAGUCGGCCCGCACCGCGGAUGCGGAGACCAUCUGUAUGUCAGUGCCGAGCUUUGUCGGCGGUCUGGUUAUGCUCCUACUGGUCCUGGCCGUGGCCUCUCUAGUCGCCGCCUUCCUGUUCGUGCGCGUGCGCCACUUUGACCGCAAGGGAGCGGGCAUGGCCUAUGUGAACUAAUCUGGAAUCGAGAUCAGGGAUCUGGGAAGCAUCAUCACCAUCAGCAUCAGCGACGACGAUCGGCGUGAACAGAAAACCAAAUCAGUUUUAUGUGCACUUCAGAAACUCAGCAACCAACACACCUAGCACCCAUCACGCAUCGGGAAUCCUCACGAGAGGAUCACCCAACACCCCUGUCAUCAUCUCUAUCUUGACUAUUUAUUCUUCGGUUAUUUAUUUUCCCCCUAUCCCGCGAAAUGGUUUCCUCCUUUCCCAACCAAGCCCUGUUUCUAUCCACUAAAUGCCUCCCUAGUUUUAGGAC